CGGUGUGCCGCUGCUCUUCAACCUCGGCUCGCUGCUGAAGGAGCUCGGGCGCCACGCCGAGGCUAUCGAGGCGUUCGCGAGCGCCGUGGCGGUGCUGGGCGCGCCCGACCCGUCGGCGUCCGCCUCGCUCGCGGCCUGCCACCUGGACUCUGGUUCCACCGAGGGGGCCAUCGCGGCGGCCGAGGCGGUGGCCCGCGCGCUCGCGGUCGACGCCGCUGGCACGCAGGUGAACCAGACGGCCCUCCGCGUGGCGCCGCAGCUGGCCCUCUGCGCCCUGCGCGCGGAGGCGCAGCUGGAGGGCGCCGCCGCGGGCGACAGGGCCCUGCCGCGCUUCGGCUCGGCGCGGCGGCUAGCCGCCGCCGCGGCGGGGCAGUGCUUGGAGCGGGUGGCUGCCAG